AGCGCGGCGUCGGCACCGGCGAGGCUCCAGCGCGUCUCCCGCUGGCGUCCCGCGGCGUGGGCCGGGCAGCGGCCGGGCAGCAGCUCCGCGGCGCGGGCAGGGGAUGUCCGCGCGUCCGCGCCCUCGGGCGGCGGAGUCGCCCCGGCCCCAGCGGUCGCCCCCGCCGCCCGCGCUCCCGGCGCAGAAACAUAAAAACCAUGCAUGAAUAUUCAGCACGUGUGCUUUGGACUUACUGAACACAAUAGUCAAGUGGCUCCUUGUUCGGCCUAAGCUGGGAAGAUGCAAAGAGGCAGUUAAUGAUCACCUAAGGUUUCCCUUUCGUUUUUGGCUUUGCAAGUCUGGGGACCAAAAAAAAAAAAACCGCAAAGGAAACAAACAAACCACCACUUGAGAUGUGUGGCCACAAGAGCGUCCAGAAUCUACCUGCAGCUGCUGGAAUGCUCUGUCCUGAGUCAUCUUUCUCUGAGGCCCCACCUUUGGUUUUGCUGGCUCAGCAAGGUGUGGCUGCCACAUGUCACAGCAGUCUCCAGCGCACAUGCUGAAUGCUGACCAUGACAUGAUCGUACAUGCUCGACAUCCGUCAUUCAUCCUCAUUCAGUGAGAAGAGCAUUACCCGUCUUACAGAUGAGGAAACUGAGACUUAGAGAGGGGAAGUGACCUGUCCGGGGCUGGGAGUGCUGCUCGGUCUAGCCCAUCUCCAGGUUUGGACUUAAAAAAAAAAAACGGUUUCAUAGUGACCAACACCACUCGCUAAUGUGACAUAAAGCAGCUCCUGCCACUCUGCCCAGUCCCUUUUGCCUGGAGUGGGGUGGUGGGCACAGGCGGCCUCGCCUGUCAAUGCCACCCUGAGCAGGAUCCGAGGAACAGGGGCAGCCAUGCCUCCCCCUGCCCCCGCUGCCCCGCGCUAACCUGCCAAGUGUGGGUGCCCUUGGGGACUGACUGACUGACCUUGCUUCACACCCACGACAACAACUCCCCCAAGAUGUCGCUCGAGUGGCUGGUGGCCUGGAGCUGGUCGCUGGAUGGCCUCCGGGACUGCAUCGCCACGGGCAUCCAGUCCGUGCGGGACUGGGACACCGCCGCCGUGGCCACCGUGGCCUGCCUGCUGGUCCUGUUCGUGUGGUACUGCUACCACGUGGGCCGGGAGCAGCCCCGGCCCUACGCCUCCGUCAACUCCCUCAUGCAGGGCGCCGACGCCAACGGGCUGCAGAACGGGUACGUGUACUGCCAGUCCCCCGAGUGCGUGCGCUGCACCCACAACGAGGGCCUCAACCAGAAACUCUACCACAACCUGCAGGAGUACGCCAAGCGCUACUCCUGGUCGGGCAUGGGCCGCAUCCACAAGGGCAUCCGCGAGCAGGGCCGCUACCUCAACAGCCGGCCCUCCAUCCAGAAGCCCGAGGUCUUCUUCCUGCCCGACCUCCCCACCACGCCCUACUUCUCCCGGGACGCCCAGAGGCACGACGUGGAGCUGCUGGAGCGGAGCUUCCCCACCAUCCUGGGCGAGUUCGAGGCCCUGUACAAGGGCUUCUCCAACUGCAGCCUCCCGCAGGGCUGGAAAAUGAACAGCACCCCCAGCGGGGAGUGGGUCACCUUCUACUUGGUCAACCAGGGGGUGUGCGUUCCCAGGAACUGCAGGAAGUGCCCACGGACGUACCGCUUGCUCGGCAGCCUUCGGACCUGCAUUGGGAACAAUGUUUUUGGGAACGCGUGCAUCUCCGUGCUGAGCCCCGGGACUGUGAUCACGGAGCACUACGGACCCACCAACAUCCGCAUCCGAUGCCACUUAGGUCUGAAAACUCCAAGUGGCUGUGAGCUGGUGGUGGGGGGCGAGCCGCAGUGUUGGGCCGAAGGCCGCUGCCUUCUCUUUGACGACUCUUUCCUGCACACCGCAUUCCAUGAAGGUGCCGCGGAGGAUGGCCCACGGGUGGUUUUCAUGGUGGAUCUGUGGCAUCCGAAUGUCGCCGCGGCUGAACGGCAGGCCCUGGAUUUCAUCUUUGCUCCAGGCCGAUGAGAACACUCCCUGUGCCAGGUCGGCGAGAGUGGCCUGGGGCAGCCGGGACAGCCUGUGGGCUGCCAGCGCCCACGUGUUACGAUUCCAUGCUCAGAAACCUGCCUCGACAGAAAGCUCUCAUCCGGGAUUUUUAUACCACGUUGGGUCCCUCCUUCCUCCCGUUGUUAGUGGGAAACUCCAGCUUGUUUUUCCUUAGAGGUCUUUUUCCUUCCGUCUGUUUGCUUCUGCGGUUCGUUUCCGCCUAAUGGCGCGGGACUGCGCUCUGCGGCCAGAGGCUCCCAGAGGCUCGGUGCCCCUGUUGUCAGUGUCACGUUGCUACUUGUUUUUUUUCAGUGAUCAGAUGGUUCUUUGUAUGAAUGUAACAACGUAAAACUUCUUGUGGUCACCAUACAAAACAGAAAACCCUGCCACCCAGAGCACUAGAGAACGUGGCCUUUGCUGCUGUCAUGGCCACAAGGGGGACCCCCCACCCCCGUCCCCCAGGCAGGGAGAGGCUGCAGUCCCUGCACCCGGCCAGCUGCAUGGGCAGGGUGGACAUGGGCAGGGGCACGGCCUGGGGAAAUGUCACCAUCCGCUUACCCCACUGCCAACCCUGUCCGUCUGAUGGCGGAGAGCGUGCGGCUGUGGGACCGGAGCGGCGGGGCUCCCACGGCUCAGCCGCAGAACGAGUACUUCACUUACCUCACUGCCUACAGAAGCCCCACUGCCACCCGGGCCUGUGCAGUCCCCGUGUUAGCCGUUGUGAUGCUGAGCUCGGAGACCACCUGGCUGGCCCCUUGGAGCUGUGGCGGCCGAGACUCCACUUGUCCAGCGACAUCUGGGCAGCCUUUCUCUGGCAGAACUGGAACGCCAGGUGUGACCCAAGUAUCUGUUUUGUUCGGAGUUUCGUGGCCUAUGAUUUUCCAUUUACCUGUCUGUACAUAAAGGUUCAAACGCUGGACUCAG